UAGUAAGUGACUGAUAGUAUUCUAGACUGGACUGGUCCGUGAGUACAGAGACUGAGUUGCAAUUAAGUGAAAAAUAGAAUACAAGAUCUUGAAGAACUGCACUAAGGUGCAAGCCAGAUUUAACACUCCAGUGCUGUGAACUGAGAAGUUGCUAAGGAAACCUGUCACAGGACUGAUUGUCGCCGCUUACUGCCUUUCUCUCUGUGUCCUUGUUGCCUUUUGCUGUUACACUGCUUGUGCUGUCUUUCUAAGCCCAGAUGUUCUCCGAUAACUCCCACUGCCCUGACUGUGGGCAGCAGUGGUUCCCUAGUUUAGAACUAGGGCAUUGGUUAUACCAAACUGAACUUGUUGAGAAUGAAUGUUACCAAGUGUUCUUAGACCGUAUUAACCGAGCUGAUUAUUGUCCUGAAUGCUAUCCUGACAAUCCUGCUAAUAGAAGCCUUGUUCUGCCUUGGUCUUUCCCACUUGAGUGGGCACCUCAAAAUCUCACCAGGUGGACCUUUGAGAAAGCUUGCCACCCAUUUCUUCUGGGUCCGCCACUGGUUAGAAAAAAGAUACACGACUCCAGAGUAGCUGGUUUUAAUCCUGCAUUACAGUUAAUCUUGACCAGAACAGACAAAACCUUAAACAAGAAACUUGGCCAAAGCAAGUGACUUCUGUAACAGAAUCAUGAAUUCUUCCAGGGCUUUGUGUUCAUAGCCUAGGGGAGAUGAAUAGUAACUUGUUUCUGUUUUCUUUCUCUUUUUCUUUCUCUCUUAAUUUUUUUUAAGGUGCUGGGGAUUGAAUCUGGGUGCCCUUAUGCAUGCUAGGCAAGUGCUCUUCCACUGAGUUUAACCCGAGGCCCCUCUAAAUCCGACUCAGACUGUCACUACUUGGUCUACUGCUUGACUUGUUGGGUCUGCUUCUGCGAUCUAUGCAUUUUGUUUUUUGUUUUUUAGCAUAAGUUUAGUCAGUAUUGCAGACUAUUUACCUAGAACCAAACUAACCUGUAGUCCAGACAAAUGCUUUAGAACUAGAUUGCCCCUCCUAAGUAUUGAUGAGAUAAUGUGGGCUGGAGGGGAGGCCCCAUGCUGUAUGCCCCAUUAACUUUUUCUAACAGCAACUUUUAUGAGAACACAUUCUUGUAGCUGGAUUCUAGAUUAUUCUAGUAAAUUUUAAUACACUACAUUGUUCUAGACUUCUCUUCUUAGACAUCGAUCAGUAGUGAAGGAGAUGUGUAUGUUUAUAAAAUUUGUUCACAUAUCUAUUGACACUUUUAUCCUCAGCAUAAGUGUUACAGUGUUGAUAGCUGGUCCUUUCACAUUCUGUUUGUCAAUACCUACAGAGGUUACGAAAAAGGGUUGAGAAAGCUGCCAGUUUACACUUACUUGUCUCUCCAUAACCAAAGACUGCUGUCUUGUGGUGACUGAAUUUAACGUCCUCCUAUGGAAAUGGAAAAAUAACCUGUGCUAUGAAAUUCAGAACAAAUGGUAAAGCUUGACUCCAUAUAAUUUAAGACUAGUCUAGUGGAUGCUUUUGACAUAAGAAUGUGUUGCUGAGCAUUGGCCACAUUCUGGGGUUCUCCUGUUCAUGGAAAUCAUGGAAUCAGAUUUGGAGUUAAGCAACUAGAAAAAGCUCCUGGGAACAUCUGAGAAGCCACUGAACAAUUUUUAAAUCCCACUUAAGAUUCUAGGUGAUCCACUGCUUGUGUAGCAGCGAAAAUGUCGUCAAGGACCUGGUUCUUCUCUUUGCUCCCCUGGGGUUCUUAGGGGGGUUGCCUUUGUUUUCAUAGUUCUUGAAAUGAGUUCAGUUAUGCUUUGUUGUGCCAGACUGUAGGGGGCACGUGGCUUUCUUUCUUACAAGUCUUAAUUUGGAAAUAAAAUCUUUCUGAAACGUC